CACGGAUAACGAACACGGAGAGCCGUCCGCUCGGUGCUACUAUGGUCAUGGUGUGGGAGUGUUGAAAACGGCGCUAAACCACAGUGUAGGAGAGCGAUAGUGGACGUAUUGCAAACUGGCAGCGCUGUAUUUUGGGUGUCAGACAGCGCGGGUGCCGGAGAGAGUGACCGUUGUGGUGCGCGUUUCCGCCGCGCGUGGACGCCUGGAGAUGCUGAAACCCGGAGAGCCCGGCGGCUCCGCCUUCCUCAAAGUGGACCCCGCGUACCUCCAGCACUGGCAGCAGCUCUUCCCGCAGAGCCAGCUUAAGAACGGGGCCCUCGGGCAGCUACAGCCGGUCGAGAGGACCACCGCCGUGGUGCCCGUGGAAAGCCUGCGUGCGCGUCCCAGCCUAAUCUCCUCUACCACCACCUCCUCCUCCUCCUCAUCCUCCUCUUCCACGUCCGCCUCCUCCUCCUCCUCCUCCUCCUCCUCAGUGUCCCUGGCGGGUCUCGCCCAGCUCCCCGUCCCGCAGAUCGCACUUUUUGGACAAACCCUGUGCGGCGACCUCCCAUCGUCGGCCAACCCCAACCCACAGCCCCCUCCUCAGCCCCCACAGCCAAAAGACGUUUGUUUGGCGUCCAGCUGUAAAAAUGACAGAGGAUCGAGGUUCAGAUUCACUUCCGAGGAGUUAGACUACUACCUGUACGGACAGCAGAGGAUGGAGAUCAUCCCUUUGAACAACCACAGCGGAGACCCCAAUAACCGCUGCGACAUGUGUGCGGACAACCGGAACGGGGAAUGCCCGAUGCACGGCCCCCUGCACUCCCUGCGUCGGCUUGUGGGCACCAGUAGCUCCUCGGCUGCUGUUCCUUUGCCAGAGGUGCCUGAAGGGCUGCGUGACCUGCCCCGCGAGGUGUGCCUCUGUACCAGCACUGUUCCAGGCUUGGGUUACGGCAUCUGCGCUGCCCAGCGCAUUCCCCAAGGCACCUGGAUUGGCCCCUUCCAAGGAGUGCCUCUGCUGCUGGACAAGGUGCAGGCAGGGGGGCCUAGGAACACUCGGCACCUGUGGGAGAUCUAUGACCAGGAGGGGACGUUACAGCACUUUGUUGAUGGCAAUGAGCCGACCAAGUCCAGCUGGAUGAGGUACAUCCGCUGUGCGCGACACUGUGGGGAGCAGAACAUGAUGGUGGUCCAGUACAGGUCAUGUAUAUUCUACAGGGCUUGCAUGGACAUCCCAAGGGGCACAGAGCUCCUUGUGUGGUACAACGACAGCUACACCUCCUUCUUUGGCAUCCCCCUGCAGUGCCUAGCGCAGGACGAGAACUUGAACGUCCCAGCUAGCGUUAUGGAGGCCAUGUCCAAACAGGAUGGCCUGCAUCCCUUUGGGAAGACAGGCAAGCUCUUGGCCUCAUCAUCUGUACCGCUCCGCUCCAUGGUGUUUCCCCACUCGCCCUGCGCACGCAGCUUCUCCCUGCUCGACAAGCCAGGCAGCGCAGACUCCGGGUUCGGGCCCUUAGGUGCGGGAAAAAGCCAGCAGCGUGUUCUGGCUAGCCCCACCUCCACCAGCCAACUAAGCACAGAGUUCAGCGACUGGCACCUGUGGAAGUGUGGCCAAUGCUUCAAGACCUUCACCCAACGGAUCUUGCUACAGAUGCAUGUGUGCACACAGAACCCGGACAGGCCAUACCAGUGCGGCCACUGCUCCCAGUCCUUCUCCCAGCCGUCUGAGUUGCGCAACCAUGUGGUCACUCACUCCAGUGACCGGCCCUUUAAGUGUGGCUACUGUGGACGUGCGUUCGCUGGCGCCACCACCCUGAACAACCACAUUCGCACACACACUGGGGAGAAGCCAUUCAAGUGCGAGAGGUGCGACAGGAGCUUCACGCAGGCCACGCAGCUGAGCAGACAUCAGAGAAUGCCCAACGAGUGCAAGCCCAUCAGCGAGAGCGGAGAAUCAAUCGAGGUGGAUUAGUUGAUUGACUGGCCGGAAUUAAACUGCAAGGAAAAUCAUGAUUAAAUGUCACGGACACUUAAGCAAAACCAAAGAUUUCCUCUUGAGAAACUCUCAAUCAG